AUGAUCUUCGGGGGGAACGAGAUCAAUAGAGUUACCUUAUCGGCAGCAAAGAAGAUGAAGGUGUCAGCAAUCCAUAGCAAGAGACUCGGGGAAGUCGCUGAAAACGACAUCACUUUCACAGAGGAGGACACAGACGGACUGUUGCUACCGUACAAUGACGCAUUGGUAAUUUUUUUAAAUGUACUAGAUUUUAAAAUCAAACGUGUUUUGGUGGAUCCUGGUAGUUCGGACAAUAUCAUAUAUUGGAGGGUGUUGGAGCAAGCCAAACUUACUAGAAAUAACAUUCCGGCCACAAAACUCGUCGCCGGAUUCAACCUCGCAAGCUUGACAACCCAAGGAGAGAUCCUACUACCCAUGAAUGUCGAAUGGGUGAUGAAGAUGACUCUUUUCGAAUUUGUAGAUGGUGAUAUGGGUUAUAACAUUAUUCUGGGAAAAUCGUGGUUGCGCAAGAUGAGAGCCGUACCAUCAACAUAUCAUCAGUUGCUGAAAUUCCCAACUCUCGAAGGAAUUAAACAGAUAAAAGGCGACCAACCGGCAGCAACAGAGAUGAAUUCGAUUUUAGUCUCCAGUAGCAAAGGGAAGGAGCUUUCGGCCUAG